AUGUCUACAUUAACUGGUUCCGUUGGGCCCAAUUCAGCUCACGGCAGCACUGUAGGAGUUUCACUGGACUUCGAAGUAAACGCCGCCGCAAGUCAUGGCGAUGACGAGGCAGAGACGAAGUCCUGCUUCGCAGAAUUUUCUUCCCCUGCAGCCGACACCAAGUUGGCUGAGGAGGGGGAGUCGAUUAGCCGUGCACCUGCGAGUCCUUCAGGGUCACAUGCUGUGCGUAACCGAAGCGUUUCGGUGCCUUUCGUGAGUUUCACAGACGCCGAUGAACAACCGAAGGACGGCUUGUGGUCGUCCAAGUCGCUGGUGCCUCCCUUAAAGCGGCGCCCCAAGCAAUCACGCAUCACUAGAAAGUCCUUUCGUUCCCUCGGUGCUUACCGCAAUCCUUCCACCCUGUCGGUAUUAGAUUUAGCGACAACAGACCUCGACAAGCUGAAGUUGUCAUUCGUGGCCCACGCUGCCAUUCUUAAUCACGGGGACCUGAAUGACAUGCAGAAGCUGGUUAAUCACGUCGAGAGGGAGAUGCGGUAUGGUGAGCAGCAUUUGGAUAGAUCCCAUCGUGGGCGGCAGGGGUCGAAAGCCCCAUCUUACCAAGCAUCUGUGAGAAGCGAAGACGACGGUGCGAACGCUGAUGGUGGAACGGAUCGGGCCUGGCAGAGUUUAGACGACCAAUCGUCAUCGGAUGUUUCCGUUGAGGAGUCAGUCAAGAGUAUGAUGGAUGUUCCUUCGCAGACGAAGGCAAUGUUGUGUACUUGGAUAUAUGAUCGUUACGUUCAGCAGAGGAUUUUUGAGCUGAGGGCUAAGCGAAAGGCCCGCCCGAAUGAUACUUUCACUGCAGUGGUAUCGAGACAGUUCCCUGACGCCGGAACAAAGGAACUCAUGGUAAACUUACGCAAUGCACCGAAGCCGAGGAACAUGCGGGAUCUUGACUUGCACGACGGGAUCGGCAGCUGCUUAAAUGAGGCAGGUGAGAAAGUCGGACACACACACUUAGUUACAGAUGCCGAUAACCUUGUGCUACCGCUUCCGGUUUUUGUGUACGUGCUGAGCAGGGCCUUGUUUCGUUUGCACUACCUUGACCGCUUUCCCGCGGAAGCAUUCAGCGUGAAGUCUCAGCAAACAAAUCAGGGUGCCAGUUGUGCCGGAGGCUCAACACCGAGGACAGAGGUUAGCCUUUCGGUUGUCAUGGGAGACUCUGGAAGUAAUUCACUUCACAACGUUUCUCCUCUGGUGUCACCUCGUUACGAAGCCCUCCACUCUCUUCUUCAGGAGGCUGUUUCUCUCCUGGAAGAGUGCCGGCGGGUUGCAAUGCAGGGCUUUGAUAUAUUUGAUACAGAGCAGAAGGGGGUUAUUAGUUGGUCGGUCUUUACAGAUGCUCUUACGGAAUGCAUGGAAGAAAAGCUCCGCGGGUUGUGUGAUCAGGACUGCGGUGAGGAUAGUGAACGCAGUGGCGUGGCAGUGUUUGACGAUUGUGUGGUAGAACCCUUUCCAUCAAUGUUGCGGCGCUUAGGUUAUGUUCGUGCGGUAACGAAGGUCCGUCACAACCCUGCUGCUGUACUCGUGGAAGGAACAAAUGACUUUGCGGUGUGUGAUAGUUCAUACCAUGGGCUUAUUCAGCGGAAGCUGUUGGUACGGUCGUCGGAAAUGCUUCUUAUGCAUUGUCAUGGGGCAACCGACGCGUGGGACCCCGAACGAUGGGACAUCCACGCUGGCACAGGGGAAAACAAUAAGGAGCAGGAAAAGUUUACCAAGGGGUACGUGCUCUACGAGGAUGGACGCUUGCAGGACGGCGGGGGAAAGCAGUCGUUGUUGUUUACUCUGCAGCGGAAGCAGAAGAAAGAGCAGGGUCUGUCAGAAGAGGAGGAAGACGAACGAAAGAAGGAGGAAAAGCGAACUGACCAGAACAAUUAUCGGAACAAACCCACUAUUGAAUGCUGCAUGGAGGUAAAAGACGUUGGGCCCAAUUUGCCCAAGACUAUUAUCACCCUAACGAAUGAUCUUAUCAUUCGUUUCUACAACAUGGAUCAGCAUAUCUGGGUGGUUCCCGAGAGUCUGACGAUGAAUGUGAAGGAGACGAUCUGCGCCAUGGACUGGUGUGCAGCGGCGGCUGAUGAAAACCUACCGUUAAAGGGUUUCCUUUUCGUUGGGACACGGUCAGGAAAGGUAAUUAAACUGGAUCUACAGGCAAUUCUCCGACGCAUGAUCUCAGCACAGACCUCAACAAGUGAUAUUAUGACUACUGGUAUUGUGGCUGCCUCAACUGUUCGUGAUCGCUUCGAAAGGCGCGUUGUGCAGGAGCAAAAAAUUCACUCGGAGGUUGUCACAUCCGUAUGCCUCACAGCGUCUGAUAUGCUUCUAACCUCUAGCUUAGACGGUGCUAUCGUUCUUAGCCGAGCGAGUACUAUGACACUUGUACGCUCAUUUCGAUUGGAAACUGGUGGAGGAGUGCGACUUGCGUAUAUCACACCGACGGGUAACGCCAUUGUGACAUUGAGUUCCUCUAACCGUGUUUCACUAUGGGGGACGACGCACCAAAGUUCUCGUGUAGACUUUUACGACCCCAUAUCUCCCCAUUACUUCCAAAUUGCAUCAUUUAUAGUUGAUGAGAGCCUCGAGCAACUAACGACCGUUGACACGAGUGGCCACAUAAAGGUGUGGAGUCUGAGGACCGCUCUCGUCAAGUUUUCGUUUUAUGCUGUUUCGGAAGAAUGCAUGAACUCUUUGGGAUUUUUGUCGGAGGAAAACAUGGGACCUAAUAAUGGUUUUAGGCUCUUCGAUGUUGAUGAUGCAGGCAAUAAACGUUUGAGAGUUGCUGGGGACACCGGUUCCCGGGCACUGGCCGCGAUCUUGCAAACGUCAUUCGCAAAGCUAGAGGAUGACCAGAAGAGAAGAAGUCUUCACCCCAUUCGCACGGUUGCAUACGAUGCCUACACGAGGCGUCUGUUUGUUUCGGGGGCCAAAAAUAAUUUGGUGUGUGUGUUCAUCAGUGGUUCAGUUGCGAUGAAAACACAUUCCUCGCCGCCAUUGUACGUGGGUAUGUGUGAGCGAAACCGGUGGCUUGUGAGCGUGAGCCCCACAGAUUGUCGCGUGUGGGAUUGCCAGAGUAGCAAACUUGUGGUUGGUUUCAAGGUGAAUAACCCAGAGUUUCUCAUGGCCCGUUUGGCUCUCACAUUCGCGUCACGCUCGAAUUUGCCCACGGAUGCACAACUCGCAAACGCCGCUGCCGAUUUGGAACGCUAUAAGUUGGAUGAAUGCAAGCAGCCACUUCCCACAAUAAAUGAUGUUAUCCGUGUCGCGACUGAACGGGCCGAUUUGGCUCGUCGGGAGAACAGCCGUGCGAUGGUCGCCCAGAAACACGAGGCGUCCACCGCCCGCGAUGCCGGCGGUGGUUCCCGACCUUCGCCGGAGUCAAACCACCAAACCGCUCGCGGUCUUCCAACUCCACGAUUCGCCGCAGCCGCCGCGGCAGGAGCAGACAACUCAGGCGAAGAUGAUGUUUCGUCAAAGCAGAUGGCCACGCAUAGGGUCAUUUGCGCUCACGUAGAUGCACAAGAGCGGUUCGUUUUUUAUGCCCUGGGAAGCGGGGAUGUUCGUAUGCACCGAAUAAAGAGUGGUCAAUUGGUGAAAACGCUGUUGACUAUGUCCCCUUCUACAGAGCUCAUCUACGCUGCUGUGCUCCAGUGCCGUCACAUGUAUACGUAUACUAGAAACCCCGGCGAAAAUCGACACAACCAGGACUGUGAUGAUGUGAAGUCACCAGAUGGUUACGUUGGGGCUCACGUAGGCGUUCAUGAUGUCGCCUUUGUCCUGCAACGUCUCCUCCGGGAGGGCCACAAACUUCCGUUAGAGAGAUCGAAAACUUCUUCAGUUCACCGUGAAGUAGUCGGGAUGAUGACCCCUCGUAACUCUCAUGAGUUGUGUGUCGUGUACGUUGAUGGAGUUAUCCGUUUCUUCCCGCUUCUAGGCAGUAGUGUGCACGCGCAUCGCAUCAUCAUUCCCGAGUUUCUUGUGAGUAAGGCCCUUUCAUAUUUACGGAUGGAGAACACGUUGAUGAGGAAAGAAGCAGCCAACAGAAGUGGCCGUACAACUAGAUGCACCGAGAGUGAGGCAGCCGAGGCAUAUCGUAACGUAAUGGUGGAGGCCGACGCAGUUAGUUUUAUCACUGUUAGCCAUGCGUUAAACCUUGUAUGUCUCGUGCAAGUUAACGGUCGUGUCUCUCUGAUGGGAAUGGGCUCCGCCGUCGGAAUGGCCCUGCAAGUGUUUUAUGUUGCUAGUGAGGUGUCUACUAUUUCGUUUCUUGGCGGCUAUCCCUGCCUGGUUGUGGGAGAGGUACAGGGAACUGUUGGUUUCUACCUCCUGAAGGGUGCUUCCUUUUUGGACCUCUUUGAUAACUUCUACAAGGCUUUGUUGUUAUAUCGGCGGCAGCAACAAGCCAGUUUGCAUGAGCCAUCCGUGGAACUUUUUAAUGUUGACAAGUUGACGGAAUCGAGUGUGGAGAGCACUAACCAGCAUGGUCUAAACUCCACUCCCUGUGUAUGGUGGUUCCGUGUUCCCGGUGCCCCGACGACGCUUCACUUUGACCCACAUUGUUGCUCACUGUACGUUGGUACGCAGCAGGGCUUCGUCACAUCGUAUUUGGUGCGAAAUCUAAUAGUUGCUGCGAACCUUCACCCUGCUUCUUUAUCUGGAAGAUCGCCCAGCUUGAUGUCCCGCGGCAGAAUGUCUGUACAAGGUCAAAGCGGCAGCGCAGAGGUGGAGUUGUGUAAUGUUUUGCUGGUGUUCUUUAACCUGACUCCUGACCGUGUGAUGAGGACCAUAAAUAGGCAGCGCAACGAUCUCGCAUUCCUAAAUCGCCGUCGACGGAGUUUGGUGAGCGGCUCCGCUGCAACGGUACAACCGACUGCAACGGAUGAUUCCACAGAUGAAGGCAAUGCGCCCUCCGUACCGAAGCCCGUGAGUUCUAGCAGAUCCACCAGCUUGGGGACCCUGAGGUUACCCAAGGGAUCUUCAAACCCUGAAGUUGAUGGGCAGUCGGAAAGGCCACAGACAGCGGUGCCGUUGCAGUCGUGGCGACCAUCGCUUUUGUGGAUCUAUGAUUCCUGUCGAUCGCUGUUUCAUCCACACCCGACCUCAACGUCCACGUUCCGGGGCCCAUCGGAACCGACGUUUUCCUUGUUGGACCUUGCAACCGUAACUCUCUCGGAUCUUUUAUUGGGGGCGGCAAUUCUGCACUAUGUGCUACAGCUCAUGCAAACACAACGAAGCGGCCAACCAUCGUCCACGGAUUAUGGAGCAAUGGAUGGAGACCAAACAACCAAGUGUGCUGCGAUGAUAAAUUCGCAGGAUUUGCGACACAUUCGUCAGUGCAUUUUGGAGGAGCUUCACCACCGAAAAAGCAUGUUUGAAGAAAUCAAUAGCUCGCACCCCACUUCCACGAAUCGGGUCUCGAAUUGCCACAUUGAGGAGUUUGUCGAAACGAUUGCGGCGUCGGGUGAGUUAGAGGAAGGACCGGCCCCGAUAACAGGGGACUGGGUGGAACUUCUAUUCCGUCGUCACGCCGUGAACACCGUGUCCAGCUCUCCUCUCACCCUGUUGUCCAUGGAAGCCAUAAUCGAGCGGGCACGGCGCGAGCGUCGUGAGCGCGUGAGAAUACUGAUGAAGUAUGUUGACGAGAGGCGUCUUCUCGCGAGGGAGGGAACUGACCACCGAGAGGGUGGUGCAUCGUCCCGAUGGCAGCAUAAAUCCAUCUCCGUCAACUGGAACGCUUUUCUCGAAGGAGCCCCACCUGACUGCAUUACCGAGGCGUUACGUCGCUGCCACGAAGGCGCGAGCCGUGACGAGGAAGUUUUUUUUUCAGAAGAUAAUAACGCAGUGCAGUGUAUUACAACGCGACGCAAUGGCGUCCUGUACGUGGGGAGCGCGGACGGGUCGGUUAGUGUGUGGACACCCUACGCGUGUGCGCGUCUUCAGGAGUUUUCACCAUGUAACCCAUUGGACGCUGGUAUUCGGCGGAUCGGUGAGUUUGUGAAGACCCAAUUCACGAAGCAGUGGAAGAGUGCGGAAAAUCUACGACAACGUAAAGCUUAUGCCAGUGGGACUAAUAAACAGAAGCUCCACGAAGCAAUGAUGCGCAAUAUUACGUUGAAGUACAGGGUGGCGUUGUUAAAGCAGGGUGCCAAAAGAGGUGGUGGCUCUGGCGUUUACAACUCACCAGGCGGGGGAAACUCUAGUGGCGCUGAUGGUAGAAAGCAAGCAUCACCGCGGCGGGCCAUGUCACAUGUGGGAUUUCAGUCCCUGGGCAGUAUGCCCACAACCCUACAUAAUGAGAUGCAAAACUUGAUUAAGAAACCGAAGGAAUUGCUCAUGGCUGCACUACCGAUCGAUGAGUCAGAAAUGGAUUCGAAAGGUAUCAUUAUGGAGGACCUUUACUUCUUGCCGAUGCAAAUGUCUGUUUUGUCAGAGCUUGAGGAUCUUGACGGGAAGGCCUAUGCAGCGGCUGUCGAUCUUUCCGUUGCGCGCCUCUUGAGGGAUGUUUGCUGUUCGGAUGGCCAAGGCCUGGAUCCCUUUCCGAGUGCGAGGUACAGUGGUGUGUUGGAUAGAGUUAAACUAAAUGCUGAUGAGAGUCAAACGUUUGCCGGUGCAGGGCCGCCGCUAUCUGCUACCGACGUAAAGCGAGGUGGAGAGGCUGAGUCAGCCGUUGAUACAAGUAUCUCUUUUUUUAUCUCUUCGCACGAGAAGCACAUGACCUCGUUUUAUGUAGAAGCCAAGAGGAAGCUGGACGAUGGAGAGUACACGUCUCAGCAUGGUAAUUCGUUGAGCCGGACGGGGCACAGUGUUACAUUCAUUUCCCUUCAUAGCAAAUUACAACGCCCCCCGUUUAGUUUUUCUCGAACUCAGGAUGCCAAGGAAUCACUUCCUAGCACUCCUGAUGGGGAAACAGCUGUUACCGCCUCCUUACCGCAGUUCGCGCAGGCUGGCGUUGUGGGGCGUCCGGGUGUCAUCGUCGUCGCCCUCUCAGAGCGCCGCGAGGGGCAACUAAAUCCGCAGUUCGAGUUUGACUUGCCGCAGUUGGCUGCGAACUCUCAAUGGAUCGCGUUAGAGGAGGCAUUGAAGCUUUACAUCAACAGCAGUGACGGCGCGUUAACCAUGGAUUCGUUUCAGUGUGUUAGUAUUUCACCGAGCCCCUACUUGGGACGGGGGCAGAGAGUAGGUGAUGUAAGUCGUGGGAGUGUGCAAGUGCCUCCGAUAGCAGGCAUCUUGCCCUCAAUCCUCACGAAGGAAACCCCUUUGCGAUGUGGUGAUAUGGGUAAAGGAGUAACCACAUUAGCUGACCCUCUGCUCGUCAUGAGCCCUAGUAAUGUUGAAGAAGAUUUAGGGUUACUGCAGUCGGAAGGGGAACCCCAACACUUAGACCGAACGCGGUUGAGGAGAGGCAGUUCACAGUAUCUGAACGCAAACGCUAACGAAAAUACGGCGACAGGCAAGCGCUGCAGUUUCUUUUUUACGGAGACUCACGAUUUACGAAGCCCAACCAAAACGCCUUCUGCUAUCUCAACCACAGCCAUUGGAGGAAAAUGGUCAGAGACACAUCUCAAACCAUUCCAAGAAGUGGAGUCGCGCCGUCCCCGCCCCCACUUGGACGACGUUGCCGAGAGCGGGCGCGGUAGUAUGCACCCCACGAUGAACAUACGUUGGACGCUGGAGAGCAAACAACAAAAUCAGCGAGCCAAGUUGUCGCGAACGGGUCGCACAGUUCUAACGCCACCAAGAAGUACCAGGGACAGUCGUCCCCGCAAUUAUCAACAGCCGUUAAGAGCAAAUGGAACUACCACUUUGGGGAAUGAGUGGGGAGUGAGCCCUCAGGGAUUUCAAAAGGAGGGUAAUUCAAAUGCUGUCGAUGGUCGUGCGGGUGUGACCUCGCCGAACCCCCGUAUCCCGCAACCUUGCCGUCCUUAG